AUGUUCUUAUUUUUGCCUGUUAUUAUUCCAAUUCAAAUAAACCUUCAUCUGACACAAUGGAUAAAUGAAAAUGAUGAUAUACUACAACAUGAUUGUCUUCAUGUUGCUGUAUCGAAUGAAUUUGGAAAUGAUCCUUAUCAGAUGAUUUUAUAUUGUAUGAGUGAAUGGCCAUCGAAAUGGAAUGUACAAACAAAUAAUUUUGAUAAAAAUUUUACUUUUGCUGAUCUUUCUAUCCUGAAUGUUACUAGUCAACAAUUAUAUAUGUGGUCAGCACCGAUGGAUAUUGUUGAAGAUUAUCAAUUCUAUUUGGAUCAAUUACAAAAUUCAAAUGAAACAUCUUUAUCAAUGCAGAUGUACUAUAAUUGUACAUUACCAAGAUUUGGUCCUAUGUGUCAAUAUUCAUUAGAUAUGCAUCAACCUAAUCAUGAAUCAUUGAAUGAAAUCCUCGCUGAUUAUUAUAAUUCCGGCUCAUAUGAUCAGUUUCUACCUACAUGUUACACUUAUUUACAAUGUAAUCCUGAUAUAUCUUCAUUAUGUUUUGAUUGGAGUGAUAUUUGUAAUAAUAUUAUUCAAUGUAUUAAUGGAAUUGAUGAAGAACAUUGUUCGCAGCUGGAAGUCAGUGAAUGUAAAGAUGAUGAAUAUAGAUGUAUAAAUGGUCAAUGCGUACCUGCUAUAUUUUACAAUGAUGAUAUUUAUGCUCCAGAUUGUCUGGAUAGAUCCGACGAAUAUAUUAUCACUACAAAUGAGUUUCUCAAAAUCUCGAUAGAACCAAAAUUUGCAAACGAUGAUCUUCUCUGUUGGGAAUCUGAUUGGUCCAAUAUUUUAAGAUAUACAACUUCGUGUUUGAUUAGAGAUUACGUUAAAUAUUGGCAUGAGUUGAUGUUUUCAUCUACACCAAACUCAAUGACUGAUAUUUGCUGGUCAACAUUGAAAUGUUAUCUUAGAAUUCCAAACGCUUUUGAUCUCGAGUGCUUUGACGUAUGUCAAAAUGAUGAAUGUCGAGAUAUAAUUGAAGAAAACUGUCCAAACAUGUUUUUCAUGCCACCUACUCCAGUCUUAUACGGUCAUAUUUAUCUGGCUUAUACAAAAAAAUACAUUGUCGAACAGAAAAUAUGGACAAAUGAACCUGAAUAUAUAUGCUAUGAUCCGCAACUUUGUGGUGGUUUCUACCCAUAUGGAACAUCGUUACCUUUUAACAAUACUAUUUGUCGUCAUCCCAAAGAUUUUUCAUUAAGUUCUAGUUCUUUCAUACAAGAUUUGAUUACCAACGCCUUUUACGCACCUGUACAUGUUGAAUUAUAUAAAUGUAAUACAAUUUUUCGAAAUGAUUCGACAUUUUGUGAUAAAUCAAGCAUGUAUAAAUGUAUCAAUUCAUCGAAAUGCAUAUCGAACUAUCGUCUUUUAGAUGGUAUAAAUGAUUGUGAUUAUGGGGAUGAUGAACAAUGGACGACAUUCAAUAAUCUUUCUUCUAUAAAGAAAUCGCAAACGCAUUUCUAUUGUUCUGAAACAAAGACGUACAUGUCUCGAAAGGUGAUUGGAGAUGGUCUUUGUCAAUGCGGUGUUGAAUUCUAUCAGAUGUGCGAAGAUGAGCUUUUAUCUAUCAAGCAUGUUAGAGAACAUAUAUCAUUCCCAUCAAUUUGUAAUGGUAUUAUGGAUUUGAAACCUAUAAAUGUAAAUGGACAAAAUGAAACAGACGAAACAGAAUGUGAACAGUGGUCUUGUAAUAAUAGUUAUACUCGGUGUAAUGGAUUAUGGAAUUGUUUCGAUGGAGCUGAUGAAGUUGAUUGUUAUCCAAUAUCAUUAAUACACUGUCCACCACAUAAUCAUGUAUGUUUUUCAUCUGAAACAACGGAAUUAAUAUGUCUCGCUAAAGAUAAAGGAAAUAAUGGUCAUAUCGAUUGUCUUGGUGCUACUGAUGAACCACAAUUAUGUAAUAAACUUCUUUAUUCAUCCGCUGAUGCUGGAUUUUAUUGUGUAUUAGAAGACCAAGAAUUUUGUAAUACUCGUUAUGCUAUUUGUGAUGAAGGGAUAUUGUGCGGCGUCAAGGAUUCUGAGAUGUUUUGUAACCGUACCGAAUCCUUUGAUUUUGCUCGUAGCGAUGAGAUCUGUAACGAAAAGAAUACACCAAAUCUAUCGGAUAUGGAACAACUUUUAUGUAAUCUUUUUAUAUUUCUUGUUGAACCAAAAAUUACGCACUUCUCUCUAAAUCAAAUGACAAAAUCAAUUAACUCACCAAUAAAAGACAAUGUCAAUACGGUGUCUAUCUCUCGAAUGACACUUGAACCAUCGGUACGCUGUCAUCGAGGUAUCGAUGUACGAGUUUGGUCAGACAAUGAUGAAGAUUUAACCAAUCGUACAUGUCUUUGUCCACCAAGCUAUUAUGGUGAUACGUGUCAGUAUCAAAAUCAACGUGUUAGUCUUACAAUAAAAUUUCAAGCAUCUUAUGAUUCUUGGCGAAUACCAUUUACUAUUAUUAUCUCACUUAUUGAUAAUAGUGAUCAACGAAUAAUGAGAAUGCAUCCUAUUCCGCGAUGUUGA